GUAUCUCUCCUCCAUAAUUCCCGACGCGCCCUUCCUCCGAUUCUCCUCCAUCUCUCUCUCUCUCUCUCUCUCUCUCCGCCCUGAUUUCAGUUCGAGAUCUGUUGUGUUCUAUAGAUUUGUGAUAAUUCAUCUGGAAUAUCUUCGAAGAUUUUGAUUCAAGCGAGAGAUCGGUUCCAUUUUUUCUUGGCGGAAGGUUCUGAUUGGAACUGACUGCCUUUUGAUUUGAUUGGUUGAGUUUCAAUUUUGAAAUGGUUUUCCUCUCUGAAAUUUCAUCAUCCGAUGACGACGAAGGGAAGGGGGAAAAGGAGAGAUAGCAGGAAAUUAAGCCGAGAAUAAGGCGGAGGGAGAAGGAAAUUCAAAUUCAAAUUCAUUUACAUAUCUUUUUAUCUGAUUCUGUUGGUAAAGUCGCCAUGUCUGCAACCGUACUUAGUGAUACGAUCCUUGAAUCUGCAACUGCUUCGGCGAAGCUAAUUGCUCACAUGGAGGUCGAGUUCGUGAAAUGCGAUUGCUGCGGACUUUCAGAGGAGUGCACACCGGCGUACAUAGAACGCGUUCGCGAGCGAUACAAUGGAAAUUGGAUCUGCGGCCUCUGCUCCGAGGCCAUCAACUACGAAAUUCUCCGGUCCGACAGCCUAAUCACGGCGGAGGAAGCCAUGGAAAGUCACAUGAAGCUCUGCAAGAAGUUCACCUCGUUGAAACCGCCUCCGAACCCUGCGGUGCAUUUGAUCGCGGCGAUGAGACAGAUUCUGAAGCGCAGCAUGGAUUCUCCCCAAACAAGGGCUUUGAGGUCGAUGCCCAGCAGUCCGACGAAGAAAUCAUCUCGCCCGCCGCCGCUCGCUCGAUCAGGAAGCUGUUUAUCUUCCCUCUCCGCCUCCGGUUCGUGAAUCAUCAAAGGUACAGGAUUCCAAGGACCAACCACAAAACUCAACUAAAAAAUAUUGGGGGAUCGCCGAUUUACUUUAUAUUCCGAAAAUAAAAAAAAACAUUAGGCUAAAUCAUACCAUAUUCUUCAUCUAUAAUGGUUUUUUUUUCUCUUUUAAAUUUUGACAGAAUUGGAAAUUUAUCUGGCAAAAUUGAAAGUUUUAAACCGUACUCAUUUUGUGCGAUUUAGCCUAAAUAUUAAUGGAAGUUGGAUUUUCAGUACAGUAA